ACUCCAAGCGACCCCUCCUGGGAGUUUACACCAACCCAUCUGUGGUUUUCCACCUGGGAGACUUGACCCGCAGCCAGAUCCAGGGGCAAGAGUUCCCUCCAGAGGCCAGAGCAGGACUUAGGCCAUAAAUCCUGGGAUCCUGGGCUCGGCUGGCACCUCACCCCCAUAGCCUCUCUGUUGUGCCCAGGCCUCUUGUGGCUCCUCUGCUCCAGGAAGGGCAAGGACCUUUGGGGAGGAGGCAGCCUGCCCCAGCCUUACCCUGCCACUUGGUGGGUUCUUGGGCAAGUCACUGGAUCUACUGGGCCUCCCUGUAACUCACCCAACCCUUGGGUGUGGGACAACCCGAGCUUCCCAGGUGCAGGCCGGGGCCCUGGGGGUGGCUGGGACCUGGGACAGCAGCCGGGAAUGUUGGCUCCUUCUCCCAGGAGCCCCAGCUUGCAGGAGUGGUCUGCCUCACUGUGGCUGCAUCCAGCUGUGGGGCGCCCUGACACCCAGAGCUGGAAACCUGGUGGGGGAGGGGGGUCGUGGCCCCAAAGGAGCUUCAGGCUGUGGGGUCCAUGACUAGCUUUGCACCUGGAGUGAGAGUCCACCUGUAGGAGGGAGUGACAGGGCCUCAGCCUUUGGGCCUUUCCUAGGGAGUCGUGGCUCUUUAAGGCCCUGGAGGCCCGGGACACAGGGCUCGGGAACUGGGAACCAGCCGGCUAUUCCUCAGCUGGGCCAGCCUCCCAGCUGGCCCUGGUCCCCAACUGGACUGUCCUGGGGUGAGCCUGGCCCUCUGCUGUGCACCAGCGGUGAGGGGUGGAGGGUCUGCCGGGCAGUGGUGUCCCAAGGGGAGUUCGGUGCUGCUCAGACAGGACCUCACUGAGUCUCCGUGCCCCGAGGAGCACUGUCACCCAUUUCAAACAGGUCCCGAAACCUUUGCCAGGCCGCACAGCUGGUCAGUGGCUGAGGUUUCUGCUCAAGUCAUUCUGGCCCCAGAGCCCAGCCCAGGUCUUAGCCCUGUCCUGCGUCCUCACAACCAAUCAUCCGUAAUGUUUGCCCCUCAAUGCCUACUUUUUAAAAAUAUAUAUAUAUAUUUUUUAUUGAUUUCAAAGAGGAAGAGAGAUAGAACCAUCAAUGAUGAGAAUCACUGAUUGGCUGCCUCCUGCACACCCCCUACUGGGGAUCGAGUCCACCACCUCACCAUGUGCCCUUGACUGGAAUUGAACCCAGGACCCUUCAGUCCAUAGGCUGACCGAUGCUUUGUCCAUUGAGCCAAACCAGCUAAGGCUCUAAAUGUCUACUUUUAAUGACUCUGCAGCCUGCCUACCUGGCCCUCCAGGCAGCCUCUUCUAGAGAAAGGUGCUCCCCACAAGGUCCUCCCCCCAGGAAGGAUAGAGGGCCCAGUGUGGGGGUUAAUGGGCCUGAAAUCACCCACACACACAAACAGCCCCAAGUGAGCCCGGUGGGCAGCAGAGGCCUGUCUGACUGCUCCCGCUCAUGGCCCACCCUCCACCCCUCCCUCCAGACAAUGAGUUUCCAGGUGACAGGCCUGGGCCUGGACAAGAUGAAGCUGGACAGUCCCCAGUCCUUCCUGGACCAGGAGGAGGUGGAGGAGGCUGAGGACCGGCAGCUGCUGGAGCCGGAGGCUUGGAGGACCUACACAGCACGCCGCAAUGCACUGCGGGAGUUCCUGACCUGCGACCUGAGCCCCCACCUGCUGAAGCGCCAUCACGCUCGCAUGGAGCUGCUGAGGAAGUGCUCCUACCACAUCGAGAUCCUCCCCAAGCACCUGGCCCUGGGCGACCAGAACCCGCUGGUGCUUCCCAGCACCAUGUUCCAGCUCAUCGACCCCUGGAAGUUCCAGCGCAUGAAGAAGGUGGGCACCGCGCAGACCAAGAUCCAGCUCCUGCUGCUCGGAGACCUGCUGGAGCAGCUGGACCACGGCCGUGCCCAGCUGGAUGCCCUGCUCGAGUCGCCUGACCCUCGGCCCUUCCUGGCGGGCUGGGCACUUGUGGAGCAGCGGCUGGCAGACCUGUCGGCCGUCAUGGACAACUUCCUGGCCAUGAUGGUGCCAGGGCGUCUGCAUAUCAAGCACCGCCUGGUGUCUGAUGUUGGCGCCACCAAGAUCCCGCACAUCCGGCUCAUGCUCAGCACCAAGAUGCCCGUCAUGUUCGACCGCAAGGAGUCGGUGGCCCACCAGGACUGGGUCACCCUGCGCUGGUUCGUCACCAUCCAGCCAGCGAUGCCGGAACAGUUCGAACUGCGCUUCAAGCUGCUGGACCCACGGACACAGCAGGAGUACUUGCAGCGCGGCAUCAUCCCCGUGGCCGCCUGCACCUUCGACGUCCACAACCUGCUGCCCAACCGUGUCUACAAGUUCACCGUCAAGAGGGCAGAGAGCUACACGCUGGUCUAUGAGCCCUGGAGGGACAGCCUCACACUGCAGACCAAGCCGGGGCCCCCCGAAGGGCCGCCCCCCCGUCGGCUGGGCAAGCCGGGCCGCCCCUGACUGCAGCUUCCGAGAGAUGGUUUUCUAAUAUUUAUCCACUAAUAAAGAGGAGUAUAAACGCACACACACAAUGAAAGAAGCAAACCUACUUCCGUCCUGAGGGCAGCGGCAGCCACAUGGGUAUUUCUCCUGACUUGGCCCAAGCACUCCCACGAGCCCCAGGCCCCACA